AGCAAACAGAAUUAAUGAAUAAAAUAAAAUUAAAAUAUUUCAGUAUCCCUGGAAGAAGGAGCAAGUUGUAAAACAAGAACCGGUGAACCAGGAGUUUGUAAAUUACUUACAUCUUGCACAGAAUAUUAUGAAGGAUUAAAAAACAAAACCAUGGAUUAUGAUUUUAUGAUUCGUUGUUCAUUUAUUGAUAUGGAUGAAGUUAUUUGCUGUCCAUCUUUCAAUGACAAUCCAUCCAAACUAUUAGAAUUACUAACCAAUGAAAUUGCAACAGGAAAACCCAGAGAUGCUACAAAAGCUGAUGAGACAAAGACUACACAAAUAAACGAGAAUGAGAGACCAUCUGUGGCAGCUUGUCGAAAAUACAAUGGUCCAAAAUUUAUUUUUCAAAUCUUGGAUGGUGUUCAAGUUGCAGUUGGUGAAUUUCCCCAUAUGGGAGGUUUAGUCUAUCCUGUGGGUGAUGGUGUUGACUAUCGAUGUGCGUCAUCUUUGAUAUCUGAGCGAUAUGCACUAACAGCCGCACAUUGUGUUGCUGAUCCAUACUCAUUGCCAAUAUUUGUUCGAUUUGGUGUGGUUAUAUGGAACGUCACCGCAGAUGACAAAGAUAAUGAUGGACUGACACCAGUUGAUAUUCCAAUUGAAAACAUAACGAUUCACCCUCUGUUCCGACCACGCAUUCGUCACCAUGAUAUCGCUCUAAUUAGACUGAACCAGGAUGUUAGAUUCAAUGCUUAUGUGCAACCAGCAUGCCUUUACACAAACAUCAAGGAUAUCGAUUCGAAUACUUCUCUAGUGGUUAUUGGAUGGGGUGUUACAGAUGUUUUUACUCGAUUGCGGUCGCGUAUUCUUCUAAAAACUAAUGUUAACACAGAACCAAUAAAUAAAUGCAAUUCUACACACGUUGAUUUUCAUCCAAGUUAUAGUUCCUAUGGGGUUGGGCUAAAUGAAGGUCAAUAUUGUGCAUUUGAUCCAGAAGACGAAAAGGAUGCUUGUGAGUCAGAUUCUGGUGGUCCACUUCAAUUGGUUACUAAUGGAGAUUCGUCAAUAGUUGGAGUUAUUUCAUAUGGAAUUUCAUGUGGAACGAAAAUUCCAUCAAUUUAUACAAGAGUGGCAUUUUACUUGGAUUGGAUUGAGAGUAUUGUUUGGCCACAGACUUGUCGAAAAUACAGUUCCGAAAAACGUGUUUUUCACAUCAUGGGUGGUCUCCCUAUUGCAGCUGGUGACUAUCCCCAUAUGGGUGGUUUAAUCUAUCCUUUCGGUGAUGGUAUUCACUCUCUAUGUGGGUCAUCCUUGAUAUCUGAGCGAUAUUUACUAACAGCCGCACAUUGUGUUACUAAUCCAGCCUCGGUGCCAACAUUUGUUCGAUUAGGUGUUGUUAUAUGGAAUAUCACCGCAGAUGACGAAGAUAGUGAUGGACUGACACCAGUUGAUAUUCCAAUUGAGAACAUAACAAUUCACCCACUAUACAAUGUUCGCACUCAGCACCAUGAUAUCGCUCUAAUUAGACUGAACCAGGAUGUUAAAAUAAGUGCUUUUGUGCAACCUGCAUGCCUUUACACGGACACCAAGGAUAUUGAUUUUGAAACUCCUCUAGUGGUUAUUGGAUGGGGUUUUACAGAUGCUAUAAAUCGAUUGCGGUCGCCUGUUCUUCAACAAACUAAUGUAACAACAGUACCAAUAAAAGAAUGCAAUUCUACACACGUUGAUUUCUAUCCAACUAAUAGUCCCUAUAUCGUUGGGCUAAAUGAAGGUCAAUAUUGUGCAUUUGAUGAAAAAUUCGGAAAGGAUUCCUGUGUGUCAGAUUCUGGUGGUCCACUUCAAUUGGUUAAUAAUGGAGAUUCGACAAUAGUUGGUGUUAUUUCGUAUGGAAUUUUAUGUGGAAGUAGUGUGCCAUCAGUUUAUAUAAGAGUGGCAUAUUACUUAGAUUGGAUUGAGAGUAUUGUUUGGCCAGCAGAGUAGAACAAAAAAAAAACAGCUCUACACAUUAAGUAAAAAUUUAUUCUAAAUUACAUCAUAAUGUGUGCUAAUAAU